AUGUCAGCAACACUUGAUAUUAAACCAUUGGUAAGUUCACAUUAUGCAACUGAACAACCCUAUAUGGAAGUUCAACUUCAUGAAUGUAUUAUAUAUUGUAUUGAAUUGACUCCAGAUAUGUUUCAAAGUGUGGAAGAAUUGAAUGGGAAAAUUCAACUGAUUGAAAUUUUGGAGUCAAUAAAAGAACUGAUGUCUCAGUUGGUGAUAGUGAAGCCAGGGACUGCUAUUGGUUGUUAUCUGUAUCAUUCUGGUAGAGAUACAGAUGGUACUGGUAUAUACGAGUUGCUCCCAUUACGAAAUAUAAACAUUGGAUCUAUGAAGAAAUUGAAUGAUCUAUUAUAUGACUUCGAAAACGGUUCGGACCCUGCGACUUACUUCAAGUAUAAUUCAAAAAAUACGGUAACACUUGAAACUCUAUUCAUGUACAUACAAGAAAAAUGUGGCGUAACAAACCCAAAUAAAAACAAAUACGAAGCUAAAUCUGUUUUUUUAUUUACAAGUAGAGAUUCUCCAAGUGAAAUAAAUGAUACAGAAACAGUGCAGAGAUUGAAAAGAAUCGUCGAUGAUAUGACUGAAAAUUUUAUUAAUUUCGUGCCAUUUUUUAUAACUGCUAAGAGCAUUCCAUUUAAAACAGAAUUUUAUAACGAUGUAUUACGUUUUAAUUCCAGAGCUUGGUCGAACAAAUCAAAAUUUUGGAAAGUGAACUUCGAGCCAAUUACGGCGUCUUCAAUCAAAAUGAGAGUACGCCAUAGAAAGGAGUUGAAGAGAAUUUUAUUUACAUGUCCUUUAAUUCUUAAUGAAAAGAAAAAAUUUGUGGUGGGCAUAAGAGGUUAUAAUAUUCUAAGUCAUGAAAAACCAGGGGCACGUUAUAAAUUAGCAUACGAGAAAGAAGACGUUAGAUAUGAGGCUUUCUCUCGUAGAAAAUAUUUGGAUCCUAUCACGGGCACAGUAGAGGAUAAGGAUAAUCUGCGUAAAAUUUAUUCAAUUGGAGAUCUCAAUCUUGAUAUACCGGAUGACAAAAUAUUAAACCUGGGAGAAGAUGUGGAGGAAUAUGCUUCAUUCCUGAAACUUAUUUGUUUCAGACCAUCAUCUCUCUGCAUCAAGUUUUAUAAUAAUAUUGAUAAAACUAUGUUUAUUACGUCCGAUGAUAGGAGUUACGAAGGAUCAUUUGAAACUUUAUCAUCUCUCUUUAGAACAAUGAAAGAAAAGGAUAAAUGUUUGAUUGCUUGGGGUAAUAUCAAAAGUAAUUCGAAUCCAGCACUUUAUGUGAUGUCACCAUCCUAUGAUCCAGGUUUAUAUGGUGGAUUCUUCCUCUGGAAGAUACCUUUCGUGGAUGAGAUCAGAAAGUUCCCACCUCUAGCUACUUAUAAAAACAUCGAGCAAUCAACAGAUUAUAAAAAUUUUUGCAGGAUUACAGAGAACAUAAUAAGCUUCCUCACCUUGAAAAAAGGAUAUGACCCAGUUGACUAUAAAAAUCCCGGACUUCAAAAACAUUUUAAAGUUUUAAGAGAUUACAUUUUACAAACGCCAGCCCCUGAUACAAGUGAUAUUACUUUGACAGAAGAGGACGAUACUCUUCGGAAAAUUAUCAAUGUGAGGGAAAAUAUUCUUGCAUCAGCUUCUUCUGAAGACCCCCAACUUCAGAGGUUACAUAAAUAUGUCAACGUAUGGAAUGUUCUCUAUUCAAAAAUUGCUGAUGAGGAAAACUUAGGUGUGGGGGUUGUUAGAAAAUCAUCAAAGAAAACCAAACCGACUUUGAAUUUAUGA